AUGGACGGUCUCCAGAUGCUGGAGUCUCAGCGCUUCUCAGACUUCAAGAUAGUAUGUCGGGGAUACGAGUUCAACGUUCAUAGAGCCGUCCUGUGCGUGUCGUCUCCAGUUCUGUUGGUCACCUGUACAGGAGGUUUCAGCCGGGAAGUAGAGACCCAGAGAGUCGUGUACGAUGAGUUCAGCCCCACUAUCAUGAGCAGAGUCAUUCUUUACAUAUACACGAAAAAAUACGACGCUUCAUCUGUGCCACCCAUGUUCAAAGAGCUAGCUACCGACCCCACAGAAGUGCAAUUGGGCAAAUCGAGCCCUGAACCCGAAGUUGUGGAGGAUGAAGUAGACUCGAGUUCACCAGAUGAUUGGGAUCCUGAAUGGGAAAGCAGUUCCAUGAAAGCAGUUCGACUGGUCAAGGCAACGUCUAAAGCCAAGCCGCUGAAGGUCAAUAUACUUGUGUACAAAGUGGCCGAUUACCUGGGGGUCAAGGGCCUUGCCGAGUUUGCUUCAGCAAAAAUCAACGCACUGUCUGAUGAAUACUUGUUCCACUUAGAUCCAACCGUCGAAGGGCUCGAGUUUAUGCUUGAUGAACUACCCGCCCGUGACCGAGGCCUUAGGCUUCAAAUCGCAGCGUUUCUGGCAAAGCAUCAGGAGGAAGCACGACAAGUGGCAUCACUCGACCAGGCUCUCGACUGCCAUACUGAUGGACUCUGGGGUGUUUUCAAGACCGCUAUGGAUGAACAGAAGCAAGCUGAAGAGAGAGCAGUGACAGCUGAACUAGGAUCUGUCCUAUCACAGCUAGAUCAAAAGUAUAUUGGCCUGAGCUCCCGACUAGAACCUACACUUAUUGCAUGUUUAGCACAUUUCCAAGAUCUUCAAGAGACGGGACGUAUCUCGCAAUUUGAUGAAACCACAAAAUGUACUGAGUGGAAGACGGCAAUUGUCUCGGGCCUGAAUGGAUCCGCUCCUCCAUUUGCAGAUAACAAGCACAAACUUAGCGCAAGUCUCUUCGAUAAAUAUGCAUCAAUGAUGAUGUGCAGUCUCUUCUUGUCGGAGACCACCUAUUCGUAUUUCAGCAAAAUGUCAAAAGCCCAAUUUGAGAUCAUGCACGCCCCCAGACUCUACGAGUUCUUGGAGAGCACCAUGGCACCAUACGCCUGGCGAUCAGACCAAGUGAUAAGUCACUAUCACCCUAUUGAACAGCACUUCGACUGGGACGUUGCGUUGCGCCUGGUUUGCAGUGUUGGAGCUGCUCUUCGGCGUGCUCAGCACGACAGAACUGACGACUUUGAUUACUACACAGCUGGGUUCGGGGAUCGUAGUGGCGAAAAGACGCGUACCCGCUUCGAAUUAAUACUUGAGAACGAGUGUGCCAAGGUAGGACUACUCCCAGCAGAUCGUGGUGAGAAGGUCCGCAGGGACUUCCUCGUCGACAACCCAGGACUCUCCAACCCUCCUCGCAUUUCGUCACUCGCAAAGAACUACCACGGAGCGACCUAUGUGCCUCAGCCUAAUCCUGUCUCUUAUGAUGUCUUUUUUGGUGGCUUUCAGGCAGACCGGAAAGAGAGAGACUGGGCAUUGGUAAACAGUCGAACGUUUGAGCCGAAAGAUCUAGCACUGGAAACGAUCAGAACCACCCAGAAGGAGUGGUCUAUCGUGUGGACAUCGAGCCUCGAAGAACACCUGUGGGUUGAAGACUUCAAGAUUUUUAAAAAUCUAGCCAGUCACCGGCAACAACUGGUCAGGGAGACGGACAAAUAUUCCGUUAACAGUAGACCGCUCAAACCAUUCGAAAAAGUAACCAAAAAGGUGAAUCCGAUCGACCCAUUCAAAAAGCCCUACAAGGGGCUUCUGGACACUUGGCUUGCAACGCCGUGCCCACACCACAUUACUCAAGUUUUUGCUCAUAAUGGUCAAACCGCCGAUGUGCGCACCGGUCUCGUAUCCGAGAUGACUAUCGGUGAGGUCCUUGCUCUCCUCCCUGACAGUGGUAUCCCCGAAGACCUGGUCAUCCAACUACAAGGAAUCCUUCUGUAUCCACACACAUCCACGACUGAAAACUACUCCGAAUACCCUUAUUUCGGAGAGCGGCUACAAUAUCUGAACUACGUUCUGCAGAGCCAGAAACCGCGCAACUUGAGCGAGCUGUGGCGUGAUCAGAGAGACAGUUUACAAUGGUGGACGUUCUGGCUCGUUGCGUGGUUUGGCAUUGCGAGCGUGCUGUUGGCCUUGGGUAGUCUGGUCGCCAGUGUCGCGCAGACUUGGGCAGCGUUUAGGGCGCUGGGCUUGAACUGA